AUGGCUGACGAAAACUUGCCUGCCGGCUGGGAAAAACGUUUGAGCCGUUCUACCGGCCAACAUUACUACCUCAACAUCUACACGAAAGAGUCCCAAUGGGACGCUCCAGAUAAACCGGCCGAGCCGGUACAAACUACCGGUCCGGAGCAAGUGCAGUGUUCCCACUUGCUGGUCAAACACAAAGAAUCCAGGCGCCCGUCCUCUUGGCGAGAGGAAAACAUCACUCGGUCCAAAGAAGACGCCCUGGAUCUGGUCAAAUCAUACCGGGAACAAAUCGCUCAGGGCAAAGCCUCCUUUGCCGAAUUGGCUUCGAAAUACUCAGAUUGUUCUUCGGCUAAACGUGGAGGCGAUUUGGGGCCUUUCGGCCGAGGCGCCAUGCAAAAGCCUUUCGAAGAUGCCUCUUUUAGCUUGAAAGUUGGCGAAUUGUCCGAUCCUGUUUUUACAGAUUCUGGUGUACAUAUUAUUUUGCGUACAGUUUAA